AAGCGAAGGCUCGAACAUCGAUUCAAUUCAAUUGGGUGGAUUGUGAUUGAUUGGUGCCGAUUACAAACGAGUUUUUAUUCCGUCGAAGCGAGCGAGCGAGCGAGCACGUGAUCAUUUCUAUUGAAUGGGUAAUCGAAUGUAGCUGUCGAUUGUGUAAUGGGGCUUUCGGAUUUCAUGAUUAAAUCAGCAGCAGCCAGUAGGGCUCCUGAUGAUGUAAAUACCAUCGUACGAAAAAAAAAAACCUGAAAAUCGUUGCCUGUGUGACACAGUCUAUGCGGUGGCCCACUCAAUUUGCACAUCGAUUAGCAUUUCGUUGAUUGGGCCAUUUGGAAAUCAAUGAAUAUGAUCAUUUUUUGCAUUCCACUUAUAUUUCCAUCGGAUGACUACCUUCAAUUCUUGAAUGUCGACAAUUUAUGCACACGUGUGGUGCAUUGUUUUGGAUGUGUGUGUGCGUGCAAACUAUUACAAGAGACACAGAGAGAAAGAAUGUGAGACACAUUCAAAAUGGGUAAAAGGCGAACGGAACGUAGGGAAAUGAAGCAUUUAAAAUCAAAACCCGAAUAUAACGAGCCUGCCAUCAGCGCACCGAACCAACCGACCUAAUAACAAAUCGGAUCGAGAGAGAAGCAACAACAAAAGUUAAAAUGGAAUGAACAGUGAAAAGUGUUGUAUUUCUUCCACAAAGUAGAUAGAUUCGUCGUUCGACAGGCCAAAUCAUAGAUGCAAUUAGAUUUUUUUUUUCAAUUUUAAAACAAAACUCAAUUGAUACGAAAGUUGUUUACCGUCAACAAAAACAAAUAAUUAUCAAACAAAAUCAAAUCAAAUGUGUUUCAAAUAAUAUGAGUGAGAGAUUUUAUUAAAGUUUUUUUUUCCCUUAUUUACGUCUAUGGUUUAAAUUUAAAACAAAAAGAAGACUGAAAAAAAAACAUCAUUUUGGUGAUUUGAAUCGAAUUAAAGCAGACAAGACACACAGAGAGAGAUAGAGAAAGAAGGAAGAAAAAACACACAGAAAUUGGUUCGAGAAAGAAAUAAACAAAUAAGCGACGAACUGUUCAAAAGUGGGUGUGAAAGUGAGUUUUCGAUUUGAUUGAAAAAAAAAAACAACAACAACACCGACCAUAACGUUGACACUGAAAGUUUGUUUUUCAUUUUUUUCUUUCUACAAAUCACAUAGAAGAAGUUACAAUAAUCAAUAUCGUGUGCUUGUGUUUAUGUUUGAAACGCAACGAAAGAAGAAAAUAAAGGGGCAAAAAACAAAAACCAAAUAAAUAACAAAAGAAAAAGAAAGUUAUCGAAAAUAUGUCGUUUUAUCGUUUAAAAUAUUUGUGGCCAAAAAAUUCGACAAACGCAACGUCAAUCGUAAAUGGAUUGCGUUGUUUGCAAACAUCGUCGUCGUUAUCAAAUCAUCAAUUACCAGCCGCCACCGUCGCCGCCAGCAGCAAUGUAGUGUCUGUUCAUAGUCAUCAUCACCAUCGUCGUCAUCAUCAUACAUUGUUACAAAGGAGUAGUUUGGCACAACAAAUCCACAAUGAUCAGAAGUGCACAUAUGCAUCGACAAGCGGAUCAAAAUUGGAGAAGGUAGCCACAAAAGCUCUGCAAAAACACGAUUGGGAUCGUGCCGUAAGCGAAGCUGAAAAAAUUGUCGGUUAUCCAACGUCAUUUCUAAGCUUACGUUGGCUGCUCAGCGACGAAGUAGCCAAUGUUGCGCUACAUUUAAGGAAAUUGGUUGGAAGUAAUCAUCCGUUACUCAAAACGGCCAAAAACGCGGCAUCACAAAUUGUUAGCAUUACCGAGAGAGACAGAAAUCUAUUGUACCAUGGACGGAAUAAUAUGCAAGCAUGGGGUUUGAUCGUACUGUUGAUAUCAAAGGCAGCUGGACAGGCGCCGGGCAUUCCAGAAAUGGAGCAUGACAAAAGUGCAGGUGUGUUACAUUCACAGCGUGCAUUGGCCGAAGUCUGUGAGAUGAUUCGUAUAUCACAUUUGGUGCAUCAAGGUUUGGUCAAUUUGCAACCACUUACACAGGCCGGACAGGAUAUGUCGUUGCACAGCGAUAUGACGUUUGGGAAUAAAAUUGCAUUGUUGAGCGGUGACUAUCUAUUGGGAAAUUCUUGUGCUGAACUGGCUGGAUUGAGAAAUCAAGAUUUGGUCGAGUUGAUAUCAUCAGCGGUGCGAGAUUUGACGGAAGCCGAAUUCAUAGGCGAUCGAGAUGAACAAAAUAAUCCGUUACCAACGGCACCGCCAAAAACACCACGACGCCUUGCCGCUGAUGUGCACGAUGAGUAUGACAUUCAUUUGGCCGACGAUGUUCUGAAACCAAUGGAAAAGGAACGUUUCAUGGGCAAUCCAGAUACCGAAUGGGCAUUACGAAACAUUCUCAGUGCGGGCAGUUUGUUGGGCAAAAGUUGUCAAGGUGCAUUAAAAUUGGCCGGUCUACCUGAAACCACACAAAAGCUGGGCUUUCAUUUUGGUAAACAUUUGGUAUUGGCAUGGCAGGCAUGCUUAGAUUUGGAACCAUUUUUGCAACCAACAUUAGCCGAAGGAACGACAUUUAGUUUGGUAUCAGCACCAGUUCUCUAUCACCUUGAAUACGAUCCAAAUGCGUAUGAACUGAUUAAAAAGGGUUAUGUGUCCGUGGAGCAUGUCGAUUACAAAGCGUUGCACAGUGAAAUUGUGAAAGGGCCCAGCGUUGAUAAAACACAAAGUCUACAACGAAAACAUAGUCAGGCGGCCAUGAAUGUGCUGAAAAAAUUCCCACCAUCCGAUGCUCGAACAGCCCUCGAAAAUAUUUUGCAUGCUAUGCAAGAUCUGUAGAUGAAUUAGUCAAAUAUUGAAAUGCACACACACCCUUCCACACCCCCACACACACACACAAAAUAUACCGUGGCUGAUGUGCGCGUUUCAUACACACACACACACGCACACUAGCUCUUUAUCAUUUUAUACCUAUAGUAAUCGAGAAAAGACACACACACUAAAACAAAAUGUAACGCAAAUAAAGUUCAGAUUACAAUAUUUUUAUAUAUACCUAGAUAUAUUAGAUAAUCGGCUUUCCGUCCGAAAGCGGUCAAUUUUUGUUAAGGAAAAGAACCGCCGUAAAUAGACACAAACACACAAAAAUCAAUGUUUUUUUUCCCGAUGUAUUAGCACAUCGAAACAGACGUAAUUUUUUUUUUUUUUUACAAAACGAUUUUUCUUGUGUCAUCACACUUUCGAAACCAGGUUUCGCCGCAAAAAUCAUGUGCAUUUUUGACUGGAGCGUAGUAGUAAAAAAAAGGGAAAUAUAUUCGCAUAUAAAUAGCAUCAACCGAUCCGAUUGGCAACCGCUAACACACGAUCGCGCACACGGAACCUAUUGAAAAUAAAUUAUUGAAAAUAAUUUUAGUACUGGUUUUGGGGUCUCUUUAAUAAUCCAAUGAGAAAGAAAUGAAGAAAAAAACACCUACAUUAUUAGCAUGUAAAUGUGUUUAACGGAAAUCUCUAAUUUUUAAGUGGUUGAACGAAGACAAACAAAAAGAUGGCAUGAAAACGUGUUUUUUCAUCUGUGUCUUGUGUGUAUAAGGAACCAUGUGUGUUCUUUUUAUUAUUAUUAUUCUGAAAUUCAUUGUCUCAUAAUAAUGCACGAACACAUGCCAAGCAAUAAAUAAGCCGAAAUACUCGUAAAAUGCAAUUGUAUCAUAGAAAGAGAGAGAGAGAGAUAGAGAGAGAGAGAGAGAGAGAGAGAGAGAGAGAGAAAAGCACACACGUAUAUACACACUGUAGAUUCAUUACCAAUUUCCUUUUCUUCCUUUUUGCAAACCAUGAGCGCGCGUACUCUCGAAUCAGCCCACCCUUGAAUCGGCUACUCCGCUACUUGAAUAUUCAUCAACUACUUUUUUUAUAUGUCAAAACCAGAAUUCGUUUGCGAUAGAAAUUUGAUUGAUUUUAUCAGCCAAAAUGUUGAAUUUGAAUUUUUGAAAAUUGCGGUGUCUAUUCCCAAAUCUACAGAAUAUUUAAACUCUAUUCCCAACACACUUUCCAAUACUUUUUUCAUGUUUUCAAAUCGUCGGUUCACCGCAAAUAUUGAACAACAAAAAACCGCUCUUUUGUCAUUUUGUUGCUUACUUCUAAACAGAUUUUAAAAAAAAAUUGUUAUUAAUUUUAUUUUCUUUAUUUAUUAAAAAAAAAAAAAAUACACACGCAACAAUCGACAUUUGUAUACAAUUUGUUAAAGAAAAACAACAACUGAAAACUGAAUUGAAUAAACGAAAAUAAAUUGUAAGACCAA